CCCUGCAUCCACAGCUGAACUUCAAGAGCUCACACAUUUCUGUCAUUCCAGCCUGGGCUCAGAGACAGGACCUAAGCAAGAUGUCUGGAGGAAUCUUCUCUCCUCUGGAUAACCUGUACAACCUGGACAACGCCAACUGCCACCCUUUAGUGUGCCACCUGUGCCACGAGCAGUACGAGCAGCCCUGCCUGCUGGACUGCUACCACACCUUCUGUGCCAGCUGCCUGCGAGGCCGGGCCCUCGACAGCCGCCUCACCUGCCCCCUCUGCAGACACCAAUCGAUAGUGAAAGGAAUCAACGCGCUGCCCCCAGAGGACAAGCUGCUCAAGUUCCUGGUGGACAACUCUGCAGACUGCGAAGAGACCGUCCAGUGUGCCAACUGUGACCUGGAGUGCAAGAAACAGGAUGUGGAUGCAAUGUAUUAUUGCAACACUUGUAACCAGCCCCUGUGUGGCGCCUGCAGAGAGGACACCCACAAGGCCAAAAUGUUCUCCCGCCAUGAGAUCGUGUCCCUGGCCAAGCGCACCAAGGAGAUCCACAAGAAGUGCUCCCUGCAUGAGGAGCUCUACAUCAUGUUCUCCACGGAGAAGAAGUCCAUGCUCUGCAUUAACUGCUUCAGAGACACGCAAGUGGAGAGCAGAGCGCACUGCAUUGAUAUUGAGACAGCGUAUAUGCAAGGCUGUGAAAAGCUGGACCAAGCCGUCCUGGCAGUGAAGGAGCUGCAGACGUCGGCUCGUGAAGCCAUCGUCCUGCUCAAAGCCAUGAUCGAGGAGGUGAGGGACAAUGUGGACGAGGAGGAGACUGCCAUCAGCACCCUCUUCAACAACAUGCAGGAGAAGCUGGCAGAGAGAAAGAAGAUCUUAUUGAAGGCUGCCCGAAGCCAGCACGAGGAGAAGGAGCGAGCGUUCAAGGAGCAGCUGUCUCACCUGGCCGCCCUGCUGCCCACCCUGCAGGUCCACCUGGUCUCCUGCUCUGCUUUCCUGAGCUCCGCCAACAAGUUUGAGUUCUUGGAUCUAGGCUAUCAACUGAUGGAGCGGCUAAAGAAAAUCGUGAAGCUUCCUCACAGGCUGAGACCAACACAGAGCUGCAAGAUCAACACGGAGUACCGCUCGGAGUUCGCUCGCUGUCUGGAGCCCCUGCUGCUGCUUUCUCAUCGCAGGUCUGUGUCGCUGACAGGAGGAGGGGGCGGAGCCUCAGGGAUCAGCAACGCCAGCGCACUGCUGCAGUCGCCCCUCUCCCUGACGGUCCCCUCCUCCAGCGACAUGUCCCUCUCCGCGGCCGUGGUCCGCAAGCCCACGGCGCACCGCUACAUCAGCACCAAGGUCCUGCUGGCCGAAGGAGACGAGACCCCCUUCACUGAGCACUGCCGCAGCUAUGAGAACAAGUACAGGACCCUUCAAGCAGAGAUCCAGAAGCUGAAGGACCAGGUGCAGGAGAUGCAUCGCGACCUGACCAAGCACCACUCCCUGGUCAACACCGACACCAUCGGGGACGUCCUGCACAAAUCCCUGCAGAUGGACGGGCAGAUCGCCUCCGAGUACGCCUCUGUGGAGAUGAUGCGCGCCAUGUUCGAGGAGAUUUGGGAAGAGACUUUUCAGAGGGUUGCAAACGAACAAGAGAUUUAUGAAGCUCAGCUCCACGACCUGGUGCAGCUCAGGCAGGAGAACACCUACCUGACCACCAUCACCAAGCAGAUCAGUCCCUACAUCCGCUCCAUCGCCAAGGUCAAGGAGCGCCUCGAACCCAGGCUGAAGGAGUCCAAGGAGCUGAAGGAUGACCGGACAGAGACCAUGCUGCACAUCUAUGAUGACAGUGCAGCGUGCAGCGAGGCUCAGCACAGAAACGACCUGACGUGCGGCGCCGACGAAUGCCGGGACAAAACGGCGGAGAACCGAGAGAAGAUAAUCGACAACCGCUCUCUGAACAUCCUGUCGGAGGAGUCUGCGCUGAAGACGAAAGACUAUUACCGCUCGGGGAAGCAGAAAAACAGCGGAGACCCCCCCGGCAGAAAAGAACUGCCCGUCUAACGGAGACGCAAACCCCCUUCCUGUCCUUCAGCAGAGACACGCAGCCAUCGUCGACACGCGGGAAGGGACAGACUUUUACUAGCAUCUUUCUUUGAGGGGGCAAAAACAAAUCCAGCGGACGCAAGUCUCAUCACACGACGGAAUAUACGGAUGCUUUAGGAUGAACGGCUGCUCCCUUGGGAGCUGCGAAACAGCCGUGCGCUCCUGAUACUGCGAGAGUCACCCAGUGGAACUCCUGGCAUCGUUCUGUAGACCCGCUCUUGGGUGAACAGCCCAGGGUAGAAUCCUGCUUGUUAAUUUGCCUCUCAGUAACAGUAUUAACGGCGUUGCCACUAGGUUUCAGGCGGGCGUUUGCGUUGAAGAAGCGAGCAGGAUCUUGGAAGAUAUACCCAAGGAAGGGAGCAGAUGUCGGGACUGAAGGACAGUACAGUAUUGCAGUACUCUUCUGAAGAGGCGGGGUUUAGAUACCUUUAGUCUGCAUUUGUUUAAGCAGAAUUCUGAUAAAAGGUCAAAAUGUUCUUUAAAUCACUAUAGUAACUUAUUCUAAAGUAUAGAGUUUUCUAUAGGCUGUAAUGUAUCACAAUUACUGUAUUGUUUGCUGUAACACAUAUAUGUUAGUCCUUCAGUACUGAGGACUUUACUGAACUGAACUCCCAGUACAGAUUUAUUUUUUUAGGUAAAUAUUAUCUAUUUACAAUUUUAAAUCCAUUGAUGGUUCUGUAACUUGUCGCUUGGUGAUGGUUUUGCAGUGUACAGAGCAUGCACUAAAAACUGUAUUAGAAAGCUAAUCUACUUUAGUGAGCAUUACGGAUAAUGGAUACAGAUAGCGAUGCAAAAUGGUUUGAAUCUACUGUUUUCAUCUGCACCACGAACUGUAAACCGUUCUGCCUGCUGCAAAUGGGAACACAAGAGUGGUGCAACCUGACAAAUUGAUAACGAUGAUGAGGGGAGCAAAAAAACUGUGAUUGUGUGCAAUUCAGAAAAGAUAGACUACUACGAGACAAAUGAAAAGGCUUUUAACCCUGCUUGCCCCUCCCCCCCGAUUACAUUUCAGCAUUUAGAGUGAGUUUAAAGAAGUGUCUUUAUAUUAAAAAAAUAAAAAUAAAAAUAAAAAUCACAGGAAAGGUGGUGUUCUUCAAAUUUGGAUUUAAUCAAAGUGACCGUGACAUUAAAGCCUUUUUCAGAAAUCACAAAUACUGCCCUGCCCCUAGAUGGCACCCUUGAACCAGUGGUUCCUGUCCCGCACAUGCACUGGAGCAUGCAAAUCUGUUUCAAUACCAAACCAUAUACAUAAACACACAGACAGGCAGGCAGGCAGGCAGACACCAGCACACUCUACAGCAGUGACUCUCAACCACGGCCUCGAACCCCCUCUUCUCAUUCCAACUGAGCUCUGGAUUACUUAACUAAAGCCUCAACUGAACUAACAAUUAGCUUAAUUCGAUCUUUUUAACUGUUCUCAGAUCCUAACACGUUGCAGAUUAAGUUAUUUCUACGAUGUUACAGUUAACUUGAAAUCUCCAACUCUUUAUAAGAGCUGAAAACAACUGAGCUAAUUGUUAGUUAAAGGUUUAGUUAAGUAACUGAGAGCUCAAUUGGAAUGAAAACCAGAAUACAUGGAGGUCCCCCCGAGGACCAGGAUUGAGAAACAUUGCUCUACAGCACAAACUCCGCAUCCGGCACCAAAACCAGAUUCCGGUCCAGGUUUUCAUUCCAACCUGUUUCAGUUUCAAUUGCAGUCCAGGGUCUGUGGUCAUUAAUAAUUAUAUGAAGAAUUUAAUGUGAAGCCAGGAAUGGAUCAAACUGCUAUGCAACGGGAGUCUUAUUUCCAUCCCUGGAACACAGGGACUUGAAAAGGGGUUUCGGCCAAUUGUGAAAACUAGGAAUGCUCAAAGAAAAAAAAAAAAAAAGAA